AUGGGGUAUUCUCUUUGCAUCCUCGGAUGCGGUACUAUGGGUAUUGCCAUCCUUUCUGGUGUGAUAGAUAGUCUUGAUGCCAUCUCCGCCAAAUUGUCGAAUGGAGGAGCCCCAAAAUGGGAAUCACACACCCCAGGAACUUUGACUCCUGUCCCGGAUGCUUCUGUUCCAAGUCGAUUCCUGGCUUGCGUUAGCCGUGAAGACAGCUCCCAGAAGCUACGCAAGAUUUUUAGCAGCUUAGGAGGUCUUGGAUCGUCUGUUGAAGUCCUGGCGUCCAAAAAUCUAGAAGCUGUUCAAGCUGCAGAUGUUGUAAUCUUGUGUUGUAAACCUCAGCUUGCAUACACCAUUCUGUCUGAGUCUGGAAUCAAAGAGGCGUUGGAUGGGAAACUUCUGAUUAGUAUUCUGGCUGGUAUCACCAUGCGCCAGCUUACAGAUUGGGUGCUUCCCACCACCCGAGUAGUUCGCGCUAUGCCCAACACUCCAUGCAAGAUCCGUGAAGGGAUGACCGUCGUUUCCAAUCUCGUCCCCUCCGCACAUGAAGAAACAGAUCGGGCCGUGAUACUGAAAAUCUUUUCAUCUAUUGGACGAUGUCGUUUCUUGGAAGAGAAACAUUUUGACGCUUGUACCGCUCUAUCGGGAUCAGGUCCUGCUUUCGCUUGUAUCUUUAUGGAGGCGAUGGCAGAUGGUGGCGUGAUGAUGGGGCUUCCGCGAGCGGAGGCUUUGGAACUAGCAGCUCAGACUCUUCAAGGGGCCGCACGUAUGGUACUCCAAGGCGGUGCUCAUCCGGCUCAAAUCAAGGAUUCAGUCACUACACCGGGUGGUUGUACUAUCGCCGGCCUUUUAGCUUUGGAAGAUGGGAGGGUUCGAUCUACGAUAGCUCGUGGUAUCCAAAUUGCCACAGAGCGUGCCAGUGAAUUGGGACAACCUGGCAAGAAGUAA